GUGCUAUCACUGUCAAUACCGGUAUACGUUACUACGUAUAUCAAAAACUUAGUGAAUCCAACUUGGUUGGAUCUUGUCGCAUCUGCGGCGAAGCAAACGCAUAAGGGUGCAUAAUAUCCAGGAGGAGCCGAAGCAGCCGAUCCUGAUCGUCUCCAAAGAGUCACCUCCGUCGUCAGAGUAUACGCGGGCUGUCGGCAGAUUGCCGUAAUAUAAGUUGAUUCGAGCGUAUUGAUACUGCGUACUAAGAAGAGGAUGCUCGAAUAUUUUCUAUGUGGUUUAAAAUCAAUCAACCAGACGCUGAUGCAUUUCAAAUAUCUAGUUUAAUAACAUCUGACUAUGUAAAACUGAAGAAUAGCGAUAAAUAUGCCUACAACUUCGUAAAAGAACUGGUUGAUUCAUGUAAAAUAUCCAUUUUCCCCGAUAAGAUUAUUGAAUGCAUAUGGAGAUCCAUCGAUGAUGUAGAUUAUUCGAAAAAUAAAAGUAAAACUUGGGAGUAUUUUACUCCAAUCAAUCCAAACUUGGCACGUUGUAAAUUUUGCCAGAGUAUGAUAAAAACUUCAGGAAAUACGACAAAUCUACGCAGUCAUCUUAAUUCCAAACACAAAAUGUUUAUUCCAGUUGAUAUGCAAGUAAACAUCAAGAAACGUACUGCUGCAGCAGUUGAAGAGCCCUCCAGCUCUACUGUUGAACGUAAAAAAUUGAAGACUCAAACUGAAAUGUCGAGGAAUCCUGUUCUGGAGUUGUAUGAAAGGGCAAAUUCGUAUGCAGACGGAGGUAUAGAAGCUGAAAAAUUGACCAAUUCGCUUUUAAACAUGAUAACGGUUGAUUAUAUGCCACUUUGCUCCGUUGAAAAGCCGGGAUUAAGGCAAUUUGUAAAAACCGCAAGACCUCGGUACACUAUGCCUUGCCGUAAAACCAUUACCAAAUUAAUGAACGAUAAAUAUGAUGUCCUGAAAUUAAAAGUUAUGAGUAAUAUAGAUAAAUGCCCGUUUUAUUCACUAACAUCUGACAUCUGGACUGAUAUUUCCCAGACGAGCUACCUUGGUGUAACUGUCCAUUAUUUAUCUGCAAACAAUCUAAAAGUACAAAGCACAAAUCUUUGUGUUGAGUUAUUGGAUUCCGCUCAUACUGCUAAAAAUAUAGCAAACGCUUUAAAAACGAUUAUUAAAAAUUAUAAUUUAAACAUGAACAAAAUAGUAGCAAUGACAAGUGACAGCACGCCGAAUAUGAUAAAAUCAAUUAAUACAGUCUUUGAACCUGAAAAGGAUAGACGACUUCCAUGCUUUGCUCAUCGCCUGUCUCAUGUGAUUCCUGCAGCUGUAUUAAAAAUGUCAAAUGUUCAAGAAAUCAUUGACAAAGUGAAGCGUAUUGUGACCGUUACGAGAAAAAGUGGUCCUGCUUCGGAUGAGUUGCUGAGACGUCAAAAACGUGACGGGAAAACUAAUAGUACUGCUCUAAAAUUUAUCCAAAGUGUUGAAACGCGGUGGAACUCGACCUAUGAUAUGCGUCAACGGUUCUUACUUUUGGAAAACUAUGUUUACCCCGUAACUUCCAAGUGCAGUCAUCCACCUCCAUUAUUAAGUCAUGAAGAAACAAACAUUUUAAAGGAUCUUGUUAAUUCGAUGAAACCUGUAAUGAUUAUAAUAUCUAAAAUAAGUGGCGAUUCUUAUUUAACAUGCAGCAUGAUUAUUCCGAGCAUUGCAAUUAUAAAAAAAGAAAUCAAAUUAUCUAAGCCAAAAACGCAAGAAGGAGUAGCAUUCAAAGCUCACCUAUCUGCUUCUCUUGAUAAACAAUUUAAUGAUAUCGAAUCAUUUAAAAUACUGAGUAUUGCAACUAUAUUAGAUCCUCGUUAUAAAAAAUUACAUUUCCAGAGUGCGAUUACUGCUGCGAACGCUAUAGAAUUAAUAAAUAAACAAAUGAAGACAAAUUUUUCACAAAGUUCUGGAUCUAAAUCAGUUUCAACCGAAAUGAAAUUUGAAGAAGAGUUGAAUGAAGAUAACAUUUGGCGGUACCAUGAUGAACUUGUAAUCAAAACAAAAGCAAAAGUUCACACGACGGAUGGAUUGUCGUUUGAAUUGAAACAAUACAUUACUCAACCGAUUAUUAAUAGAUCUAAAGAUCCUUUAAAACAUUGGCAGUUAUUGAAACCAUCUUUUCCUAAUCUGUACGAAGUGGCAAUGAAAUAUUUUUGUGUCGUUGGAACAUCUGUUCCAUGUGAGCGGCUUUUUUCUGAAGCUGGAAACAUUAAGAAUACCGACCGUAAUCGACUAACGGGAAGUAAUUUAAACAAAUUACUUUUUUUAAGCAGUUUAAGUCGUGAAGAAUGGGGAUUAUAACU